UCAUGCUUUGAAGAAACUCUCUUCCAUGUUUCUGUCUAUUUAGAGUAAUCAUCAGACAUCGGCUUUAUAUGGGACACCAAAUAGCAGAUUUGAUUUCUUCUUUAAUCAGAUCAAAAAUGUCAAACACAAAUGGCCCAUCGCUGUUACGUCUGGGUGUAAUAGUGACGUUGGCAGGUGUCAUCUCUCUGGGCGUUGUGUUUUUCUGGUUCUCGCCUUCAAACAAAUGUCCACCUCCAGUUUUUAGACCAGUCCAAUAUGCCAAGACUAGCAACUCUCUUACUGAUAAAGCAGAGGAGAAACCUGUACUUCUGUUAUGGGUUUGGCCUGAAAAUUAUAGGUUUGAUUUCAGUGACUGCAAAAAGUUUUACAAUAUUGAUAGUUGUCAACUGACGGAUGAUAGAGCUCUCUACAACAGUGCAGAUAAUGUCAUUGUUUAUCAUAGAGCCAUCACUGAUCUGUCCAACCUUCCUCCAUCUCCUCGUCCUCCGUUCCAAAGGUGGAUUUGGUUGCAUUUGGAAUCACCAACCAACACCAAAAGGAUCCCAGGUCUGGAAAACCUGUUCAAUCUCACUCUCAGCUACAGACAGGAUGCUGAUAUUCCUGUACGGAUGCGCUUGAUCACCAGGAAAAAACCUAAUGAGGAUUUUGUAAUUCCCAAAAAGGACAAACUGGUGUGUUGGAUUGUAAGUAACAAGGAUCCAUCAACUGGUGUUGACACAAGGAACGUUUUUUACAGGGAAUUCAGCAAAUACAUCCAAGUGAUUUUGUUCGGAAAGGCUUAUUCAAGGUUUCUGGGUUACGACGACUACUAUCCAACCAUGGCUAGUUGCAAAUUUUACCUUGCCUUUGAGAACUCCAUCCACAAAGACUACAUCACUGAGAAGUUAAAUGGGCCACUCGCGGCAGGUACCGUCCCUGUGGUGUUGGGUCCUCUGAGAAGAAACUAUGAGAACUUUGUUCCUGCCGAGUCCUUCAUUCAUGUCGAUGACUUCCCAGAUCCAAAGUCACUAGCCGAAUAUCUGCUUCAGCUGGACAAGGAUGAAGAUGCAUAUCGCAAGUACUUUAACUGGAGGAAACAUCUCACUCCAAGUCCUCAUUUAAUAUUGCAGAGACAAGAGUUUAUUCUGGCUAUUUGCACUGCCUGUGACUAUAUCGCACGACGCAGGGAAUAUAAAGAAGCUCAUGAUCUCUAUAAUUGGUACUUCAGUUAAUGUCACCUCAGGUAUUCUUACAUCACCAGACACUGACUACAAAGUUUAUGAAAUAGAUUCUUUUAUAUAUAUAUAUAUAUUUAUAUACAAACUGUCACUUUUGAUAUUAGAUUUUGUAACCAUUUUGGUGAAAGUAUUUUAAUAAUUAAUCAUUGCUUGGAUGACCUGGUAAUUAAGUGAAGAUGUUUGUCCUUGAAGAAAUACAUGUAAAUAAUAAUAUGCUCAUUUGUUUUAUUUAUGAUAACACUCAUUUUCUCAGCACAAACCAAUAAUAAAUGCACACGAUUCAUUGAUUUUGACAGAACUUGUUGAUAUUAGAGCAAUAAAAUUUACUUAAAAUAUGUUAGAGCAAAUUUUUACGAGAAGUAAAUCUUCUAAAAACACAUUUUAAGUAAUUUUACUGGUUUAUACCUUUAUCAGAAAUCGCACAACUAAAAUACAAUUAAACUGUUCAUUUUUCCAACAUAAAUAAAAGUGAGUCAGUCACAUUCACAUGACCUAGUAAAGUCUGGACACAAGGUUUUAAAGGUGCAUUCAGUAAAAAAGUGUCAUGGCAUUAAUCAACAAAACAUGCAUAUCUCCACUGGUUUAGAAUGGUAAUAAUUGGUCUAUUGAAAAGAUAAAAAAUAAAGUAUGACUGAAUGCUAC